AUGUUGAUUCCCAACGUCACUUGGCUGGACCUAUGUCUUGCUGGUAUUGGAGCAUACCUGGUCAAGCAGGUGUUCAACAAGAAUCCCACAUCAUAUCCCCCCGGUCCCCGUGGGUGGCCUCUCGUUGGGAACAUCCAAGCCAUACCUCAAAUUAAGCCUUGGCUCACCAUUGCAGAGUGGGGCAAGAAAUAUGGUGCUAUCUCGCAUGUCGAGGUCCUGGGUCAGCACAUCAUUGCGCUGAAUUCAGUCAAGAGUGCGAUGGACAUGUUGGACAAGAAAGGCACUAUGUACUCUGACCGUCCUGUUAUGCCUAUGGCUGGCGAACUUGUUGGCUGGAAACACUCCUUGGCUCUUCUUCCACAUGGUGACCGCUUCCGCCAGCAGCGCAAGAAUAUGCACAGAAUCAUGGGCAAUCGCGCCGCCUUGAAUGUCUACCACCCGGUCGAGGAGAUUGAGACUCGCCGAUUCCUGAAGCGUGUGUUUUCGAACCCCGAACAACUCCAAGCUCAUGUUCGACAUACCGCUGGCGCUAUCAUUCUGCGAAUUUCUCAUGGUUAUGAGGUGAAGGAGAACAACGAUCCAUUUAUCGACCUUGCAGAGCGCGCUGUGGACCAAUUCUCGCAGUGCACUGCUCCCGGCGCCUUCAUGGUUGACAUCAUGCCAUUCUUGGCCAACGUCCCUGAAUGGUUUCCUGGUGCUGGCUUCAAACGCUUAGCCCGCGAAUGGUCCAAGACUCGCGAGGAUAUGGUUGUCACACCCUACAAGUUCGUUAAGGAUCAAAUGGCUGCUGGCAUUGCCCCGACGUCUUUCACCUCGAAUCUGUUGAAGGGCCGUACUUUAUCUGCGGAAGAGGAUGAUUUGGUGAUGUGGUCUGCUGCAUCCCUAUACGCUGCUGGUUCCGACACGACAGUUUCUACAAUCUACUCUUCUUUCCUUGCUAUGACAUUGUUCCCUGAUGUGCAGAAGAAGGCCCAGGCUGAAAUAGACGCUGUCGUUGGUCCUGAUCGUCUUCCCUCCUUUGCAGAUCGCGACUCCCUCCCUUAUACCGAGGCGCUUGUGAAGGAAGUCUUCCGCUGGAGUGUUGUCAUACCAACUGGUGUCCCCCAUCGCGUCACCGAGGACGAUAUCUAUGACGGGUACCACAUUCCAAAAGGUUCCUUGGUAAUACCUAACAUUUGGUUCAUGCUCAAUGACCCGCGGACAUAUGGUAACCCCUCGCAAUUCAACCCUGAACGCUUCUUGGACAAUAACGGGAAAGAUCCUGAACUCGAACCUCGCACGAUCUGCUUUGGUUUUGGUAGACGUAUCUGCCCCGGUACGCUUAAAUCAUGCUCAACAAACAGUCUCCACCUCGCUGAUGCUUCCGUCUGGAUAUCCACCGCAAUGUCACUCGCAGUGUUUGAUAUCUCCAAGGUCGUUGAGAAGGGUGUUGAGAUCACCCCUGAAGUUGACCAUACAUCAGGCACGAUCAGCCACCCCAAGCCGUUCAAGUGCUCUAUUAAGCCUCGUUCUACAACCGCCAUUGCGCUCAUUCAACAGGAUGCUAACUACUAA